UAUUCUAAACCCAAGAAAUCGAUCAGUGUGGAUCGUUUUUACGCACGCAGUGACUGCAGCGCGCCCGUUUGUUUACCAAAACAGACUGUUUUCCUUGAUGUUUCAUGCGCGUACUUAGCGGGAGUGUCUAAGUUAUUCUGGGACAAAAACAACGGUCUCAGUAGUGUCACGUAGUGUUCCUGCCAUGUGUAUGAACGCCAAAUGAGCUGAUUUUUGUGAAUCAAAGAACAGGACCUAGGAUCCAUAUGUUUUCCUGACUGAGGUUCAAGUGCCAGUGAUGCCACCGAGCUCAGGGGAAUUAUGGGGGCAUCACUUGAUGCCCUCACAGGUGCCCGUCGACUGUCUCCUGCCGACUGGCAUCAUUGUACCGAUGUUGUGCAACAGGGACGCAACUCUUGAGAAAAUCAAAACUGAUCUGUGGAUAGAAUCCAAGAAAUAUCCCCUCCAUGGUCAUCUUCUGAGUGCCGAGUCAUACAUUUUUGUAGGAAUUACCCAGGAUGCUGAAAGAGAGGAGUUUUAUGAUGAAACGCGGAGACUCUGUGACUUGCGGUUGUUUCAAGCCACCCUCAAAGUUAUGGAACCAAUUGGAAACCGAGAAGAAAAAAUGUUGAAUUAUGAAAUAGGCAUGUUGAUUGGUAAACCUGUGAAUGAAUUCAACGAGAUGAAAGAUUUAGAAGUAAUGACAUUUCGGCGGAACAUUCUGGGAGUGUGCAAGGAGACGAUCGACCAGCGAGAGAAGGACAACAUACUUAGUCGAGCGAUGUAUGCGUAUCCUCCGGAUAUUGAGUCAAAUGAAAUGCUGCCUCCACAUCUAACUGAAAAACUCAAAAAAUUUGGUGAUGAUAACUCUGUGAUAAUCUGUGUGUGGGUAGUGGCCGAGGACAAUAACAGGUCCAAGUACAGCGUGAAGGUUGCCCACAAUGCGUCACCAACGGACGUGAUCGCAGAAACCAUCCGUCGACGAAGUCGGCUGAUGAUGAUGUCCAAGGAGCACACGCAGCGGUGUAUCGAGGAGUACAGUCACGCCUACGUUCUCAAAGUGUGUGGGUGCGAUCAGUUCUUCCUGGAGGACUGCCCCAUUAGCCAGUAUAAGCCGAUCCGUGAGUGCAUCGCCAACGAGAGGAUCCCACAGCUGAUGCUGUUGCUGAAGGAGAGUGUGUUCGACUCGCUGCACGAGAAUGAGUUCUUCCUUCCGUCAUAUUCCGUACGAGGUAUUCAGGCUCUGAAUGAGAUCAACAACCAGCAGACCGUGUCCCUCUGGGACGUUCAGGCCAUGCUGAGGAUUAAGAUGAACUGUGCCACGUAUGUGAAUGUCAAGGAGCUCGGCAAGAUUUACGUGAAGGCGUGCGUGUAUCACGGGACGGAGCCUCUUUGUGAGGCCCGGAACACCCAGCAGGUGGACUCGACCAAUCCACGCUGGGACCAGUGGCUGGAGUUCCUGCCGAUCCCAGAUAUUCCCCGCAGUGCUCGUCUCUGUCUCUCUAUAUGCUCCGUCUCCAAGAGGAAGAACAAAAAAGUCCACUAUGCGCUGGCGUGGGGUAACCUGCAGAUGUUUGACUUCAACGACCGCCUCCUGUCAGAGAAGAUCAGUCUCCACCUAUGGCCCAUGCCCCAGGGAAUGGACGACCUGGUUAACCCCAUCGGAUCACCAGGCUCGAACCCAGACAAAGACUGUCCUUGUCUGGAGCUGGAGUUUGACCGGUUCAGCCAUCCCGUGCGGUACCCCCCAGACUCCCACUUCGAACAGCUGGCCAACCACAUCACACAUCGGGAUACCUACAGUCAGAUCGACACAAAGCAAGAGUUGGAGCGGGACCAGAAGAUGCUGGAAGACAUCAUCAGCAAAGACCCUCUGUCAGAUCUGUCGGAGCAGGACAAGGAACUCCUGUGGAAGAGGAGGGAACUUUGUCUAGCGAUGCCCCACUCUCUGCCCAAGUUGUUGUCUUCUGUGAAGUGGAAUGACAGAGAAAACGUGGCACAGCUGUAUGUAUUGUUGAGAAGAUGGCCUUCGGUUUUGCCAGAGGUGGCCCUGGAACUGUUGGAUUGCUCCUACUCCGAUCUGAGGGUCCGACAGUUUGCCGUGGAAUGUCUGGACCGUGGUCUCCGUGACGACAAACUCUCUCAGUAUCUUCUGCAGCUUGUGCAGGCUAUGAAGUAUGAACCCUAUAUGGACAAUCCAAUGACAAAGUUCCUGCUGAAGAGAGCUCUUCUGUCCCAGAGGAUAGGAAACUUCUUCUUCUGGCAUCUCAAAUCCGAGAUGCAUCAGACUUCGUCGCGGUUGAGGUUUGGGCUGAUGCUGGAGGCUUACUGUCGAGGAUGUGGGUCGUUCCUGAAGACCCUGACUCGACAAGUGGAGGCAUUGGAGAAACUCACCAAACUGACCGACAUGCUCAAGUCAGAGGUCAAAGAUGAUGAGCAGAUGAAGUUCCUGCAGGAGCAGCUGCAGCAGCCUGACUACCAGGAGGCGCUCCAGAGCAUCAUCUCCCCCCUCAACACGGCCCACGUCCUGGGGGAGAUCAUACAAGCUGACUGUCGGGUCAUGACCUCCAAGAAGCGCCCCCUGUGGCUGGUGUGGAGUAACCCAGACCCCAUGAGAGACGUGCAUGAAUCCGACUACAGAAUCAUGUUCAAGAACGGUGAUGAUCUGAGACAGGACAUGCUGACUCUCCAGGUCAUCCGGCUGAUGGACACCAUCUGGAAGGCUGAAGGCCUCGACCUCAGGAUGAUUCCGUACGGGUGUUUGGCGACAGGGAAGGAUGUGGGUCUCAUUCAGGUAGUUCGGAACGCCAAGACGAUCACGUCGAUACAGUCCCGGGGGGGUACUCGGGCCGCCAUACAGAUGGACUCCUCCCAGCUUCAUCGGUGGAUCAAGGAGAAGAAUGCAGACAGGUAUGAUCAAGCAAUCGACGCCUUCACCAGGUCGUGUGCAGGCUACUGUGUCGCCACGUUCGUGCUCGGCAUUGGCGACAGGCACCCCGAAAACAUCAUGGUGACGGAAGAAGGACAGGUAUUCCAUAUUGACUUUGGUCAUUUCUUGGAUCACAAAAAGAAAAAGUUUGGGAUCAACAGAGAGCGUGUUCCGUUUGUCCUGACUGAGGAUUUCAUCCGUGUGAUAGCCAAAGGUGCGGAUCAGCCUUCCAAACAGGACGAAUAUGAGCGGUUCCAGAAGCUGUGUAUAUCUGCCUACGUGUUCCUGCGGAAACACGCCCACCUGUUCAUCACACUGUUCACGCUGAUGUUGUCGUGCGGAAUCCCCGAGCUUCAGUCUCUUGACGACAUUGGCUACAUCCGAAAGACACUGGCAGUGGAGAAGACGGAGAAAGAAGCUGUGAAAUACUUCAUGGAACAAUUCGGGAAUGCAUAUGGAGAUUCAUGGACCACAAAGUUUGACUGGUUUUUCCACAAUAUCAAACAAUGGCUGUAACCCUGUGGAACAUCGUUAUCGGCUGCUCCACAGUGUGAUCUUAGCGCUACGAAUUCGUAAGUCAGUGUUAAUGAAGGUGACUUAAAAUCAUCUUAGCUUUGGGGAUCUUAGUGCUACACCCUGUUCGUUAACGCAAUCUUAGCGCUACAAAUUCGUAAGUCAGUGUUAAUGUAGGCGAGUUACGAUCAUCUUAGCGCUACAAAUUCGUAAGUCAGUGUUAAGGUAGGAGAGUUACGAUCAUCUUAGCGCUAAGAUCAGUUUGGGGAUGAUAUUGUGAGUAUUACCCUUGUACAUACCUUUGUUUGCAGGUGAACACUGCAGACGUCUAGUGUUGCUGAUGUAUUCAAUGAAAGGUCGGCCACUGGCUUUAGUAACUGGAUCUGAUCAGUCCACCCUUCUGUCAUUAUCUUAGUAUAAGGGAGACAUUGACAAACUGUGUGUGAGGCUUUAUUUAUUGGACAGACACCAACUGUGUUCUUUCAGACAUGGAUUUAUUAUUUUGGGGGCCAAAACAUGAGUAAACAAAGUCCGAGGCGAUUCACUCCCUUCUCUUGAAUAUCACCUUGUCAGUCCCGUGGUUUGCCUCGGAGUUUUAAACUUUUAUCAACGAGUGUUGAUAUAUUUGAUAUUAGAACACAUGAGGGUGAGCUUCUAUUUAUCGUCCAAAAUCUAUCUUCCAACUUUUUCUGUUUGUAAAUAGUAAUAUCCAAUGUCUUGUGUGUAAACAGUACAACUAACCAGAUUCAGUGGCAGAUUAGUGAUGUCAUUUGAUUGUGACGUCAUGGUAACCGAUGACAUCACACUGGUCUGCAAAGCAUUGUGAUGCAAGUCAUAUUGACAGUAUCUCCUAGGACAUAACAUUGACCUCACCCAAAUGAUAUCUCCGGCAGAAGCCAGUUUUGGAGGAUAAAUAGAAGCAAUGUCUGAAGAGCUAUGUGAACAUCUUCAUCUUUAAUGGCCUAACACUGGUUGUUGACACUUGUAAUUAUCGUCAGGAGGAAUUGGGUCAUCACGGCACUAUUACAUCCCCACUGAUUAAUACAUCAUGUGUUGUGAAUGUAAGGAUGAGCACUUUUUAUCACUUGAUGACGAUGUCUUCAAGGCCACAAACUCUUGUUGUUUAAGCUUGUAAAUACUUUGUUCUAAAUACAAUGUCUAACAAGGUCCCUAUCUGGCCCACUUAAACUGCCAAAUUUGUAAUUUGGAGAAAACUUUUUAAAUGGUUUUGAAAAUCAUUGAAUGAGCUCGUUUACCAUGUUUACCUGACAGUAAACGUUUUCUCUCUGACACUUUGAACUUUGGAAACGUCCCGUCCACUGAUGACACAAACAUCAUAUUUUCUCAUUGUCCAGCGUUAGCUUUGAAUAGUCAAAUGUUGUGAAAAAUCAAAUAGCUUCAUGUUGGUAAAAGAACAAAGCUAAUUGGUGGUCAUUUAGACACUCCAGAUGCAUGUCGCAACUAUUUAUUGAAAGUCUCACAAACUUCAGCAUUUGUCAAUUUUAGUAGGCCAGAGGUGGUAUGUCACGUUUGGGUUCAAUUCUUGACCGGGAUACACUAAGUCGACUGUUAGUGUCCCAUCUGUGAUAUUGCUGAGAUUAAUGAUAAAUGUGGCAUAGAUAUUUAACAUGGCUAUUUUAAGGUUCAUGUUAUCGCACCUUUACAAACUCAAUAGCUUGUUGAUGACCCGUGGAUAUCUUGAUGAGGUAUUCUGUUGGACGUUAUGUGGGCAUUUAUAUACAGGCCUGCUUGGUUAUCGUGAGUCGGGGACAAAUGGCUCUCUUGUCAAACACUGGUUGUUGACAUUUGUAUAUAGGCCAAAAAACAAGUACACAUGUACUGUGUUUCAGGCCAUUUCAAUAACAUCCCUUCUUUUCCCACAUAUGGCACAACUCUGUAUGUUAGUAUGGAGACACUCCACAGAACACUCACGACGUCAUGUGAACACAGAGUGAACUGUCACCACCCAAUCAAAACCAAUGGAGUUUUCAGCCAAUUCAGACAUUGUUAACUCUAAAUUAGGAAGAGUGACCUUAGUUUUUUCUGAUUUAUGUGAGUGAUUUGUUGUGAAGAAUUGUUUGUUUGAAAUAAUUAUCAGACUUCAACAAUAGUGAGAACUCUAAUUGUUUCCGAGACGAAUAAACUAGGGGAUGUAUUCACCAUGCGAUUCGCUGUUCAGAGUUGCGUCCCUUAGGCACGCCAGAAACCUAUGAUUGUGGGUUCGAAUCCCGGUUCGCCCCGAUUAUGUUUCUAGGUUUGUCAGCACCAUACCCGUGCUCGUGGGUUUCAC